CCAGAGGAGUCCGUCUACAGGCUGCUAUGAACAAUAAAGGGUGUGGAGACAGUUGAGCGGCACAUACAACACAGAGCCUGUCUAACCACACGCACAUUCAGGGAGACAGUCGCCAAAACACAGACAGCUGUACAAACUUUUAAAAUGUCUGGCAUCGCAGCUACACUUCAGCACAGAAGAGACAAGGCAAAAGGGAUUGGAACCAACUCUCACGCGGUUAAAUACCUGAACCAGGACUAUGAAGCGCUGAGGGCAAGCUGCCUGGAGAGUGGAAGACUGUUCGAGGAUGCCAGCUUCGAGGCUCUGCCCUCAUCCUUAGGCUACGAUGAACUCGGACCAAAUUCCUACAAGGUUAGGGGCAUCACCUGGAAAAGACCUACGGAAUUGUGCCGCGAUCCAAAAUUCAUCGUUGAAAACGCCACCAGGACUGAUAUCUGUCAAGGAGCACUUGGCGACUGCUGGCUUUUGGCUGCUAUCGCCUCUUUGACACUCAACAAAGAGGUUCUGUGUCGUGUUGUCCCCCACGACCAAAGCUUCGACAAGGACUAUGCUGGCAUCUUUCACUUCGAGUUCUGGCAGUUCGGUGAGUGGGUGGAUGUGGUGGUCGACGACCGCUUGCCCACCAGAGAUGGAGAGCUGCUGUUUGUUCACUCAGCAGAGAAUUCUGAGUUCUGGAGCGCGCUGCUGGAGAAGGCCUAUGCCAAAGUGAAUGGAUGCUACGAGGCUCUUUCAGGAGGCAGCACCACUGAGGGUUUUGAAGACUUCACUGGAGGAAUCGCUGAGAGGCAUGAGCUGAGGAACCCAGAUCCCCACCUCUUCAAAAUCAUCAAGAAGGCCUUGGAGAGAGGCUCCCUCCUGGGAUGCUCCAUUGAUAUUACCAGCGCGAGUGACUCAGAAGCCAUCACAUAUCAAAAGCUGGUGAAGGGCCAUGCCUACUCAGUGACAGGAGCGGACGAGGUGGAGUACAGAGGACGAAUAGAGCAGCUGAUCAGGAUCAGAAACCCGUGGGGUCAGGUGGAGUGGAAUGGAGCCUGGAGUGACAACUCUUCCGAGUGGAGAAGUGUGAGUCGCGACGACCGAGAGAGGCUGACCAACCGCUCUGAAGAUGGCGAGUUCUGGAUGUCAUUCAACGACUUCCUGCGCAAGUAUUCCCGCCUCGAGAUCUGCAACCUCACCCCUGAUGCGCUAACCAGCAACGAGUACAAGAAAUGGGCAGAGACAGAGUUUGAAGAAACCUGGAGAAGGGGCGUGUCGGCUGGGGGCUGCAGGAACUAUCCAAACACCUUCUGGAUGAAUCCGCAGUUUGUCAUAAAGCUGGAGGAUGUGGACGAUGACCCCGAUGACGGCGAGGAGGGCUGCACCAUCAUCGUGGGCUUGAUGCAGAAGAACAGACGGCGGAUGAGGAAAAUGGGGCAGGACAUGGAGACCAUCGGCUUUGCCAUCUAUGAGCUGCCUGAGGAGUACUCUGGCAAAAGGCAGGUGCACCUGAAGAGAAACUUCUUCCUGCGCAACUCAUCGAAAGCGCGCUCCGAGACCUUCAUCAACCUCAGAGAGGUGUGCACCCACUUCUGUCUCCCCCCUGGAGAGUACCUCAUCAUCCCCUCCACCUUUGAGCCCGACAAGAACGGAGACUUUUACGUGCGGGUGUUCACUGAGAAACAGGCUGAUUUCCAGGAGAUUGAUGCUCCCGUAGACUGCCAUGUUGAUCAGGUUGAUAUCGAUGAAGAUGACAUCUGUGACAGAUUCAAGAGACUGUUUGGACAGCUGGCCGGACACGAUGUGGAGAUUUCUGCAUUCGAGCUGCACAAGAUCCUCAAUCAAGUGAUUCAGAAGAGAUCGGACGUCAAAAACGAUGGGUUUAGCCUGACGACUUGCCGCAACAUGGUCAACCUGCUGGAUAAAGAUGGAUCCGGCAAGCUGGGAUUGGUAGAAUUUAAGAUCCUGUGGACAAAGAUUGAGAAGUUCCUGGAUCUGUACAAAGAGAGAGACGCAGACCAAAGUGGCUGUAUGAGCGCCUCUGAGAUGCGGAUGGCUGUUGAAGCCGCCGGCUUCUCUUUGAACAACCCCCUGCAUCAGAUAAUCGUGGCCCGCUACAGUGAUCCAAACCUCACCAUAGACUUCGACAACUUCGUGUGCUGCUUGAUCCGCUUGGAGUCACUAUUCAACACCUUCAAGACCCUGGACAAGGAUGGGUCCGGUGAGAUAGAGUUGGGUUUUAUGGAGUGGCUGAAUCUGGCGAUGCUGUAGAGGAGCUCAGACUGAUGGAGAGUCAUCAUACCUGAACAUGCCUAUUCCUCUAGUGAAUGUCAGCCUGUGUCUUGUGUAAAACUAUAACUGGAUGCUGAUUUUGAAGGGGAAAAAUAAAUCCAGUUUAAUUCCAGUUUGAUUGUUCACAAACAUAAUAAAGCUACAACUGAUUUGCAAA